AAAAAACCAAACCUAAACCUAAAAAACCAAUCUGGGUUCAUCUAUCUGUUCUUCUUCCCCACCCAAUCUAGCGACCAACCCCUCUUUUCUAUUUUCCCUCUAUGCUCCGCCCUUGCUGCUUACCUGAUGACCCCCUUCCUCCCUUCUCUCCUCGCUCAGCUCCAAGUAUCUCUCCCCCCACGUCUCAAUCCGUACCGCUGUCGUCCCCUCGCUCCAGCAAAUCACUGAAACUCCUCCACAAUCUACUCACCGACUCCGCCGUUCCCCAAAUCUCCCUCAUGACCCUCAACGGCCUCAAAUCCUCGCUCUUGUCCAGUUUUUGACCCAAGACCGGACAACCCAGGAGAGGGGAGGAACAAUGGCAUCGGCAGAGAAAGAGCUCGAAGCACAACUUAUGGAAGCUGGGAAUCAGCUCUUAGAACCUUCGUCUUCUGUCCCUGACCUCCUUGAUGUUCUCGACUAAAGGUCGUACCCAGUGCACAAGGCUCCCGCUUUACGCAGGGUCUGGGAGAGGUGAAUGUCGGCUAGCCUUACCCCCAUUUAUGGAGAGGCUGCUCCCAAGUCUCGAACCCGAGACCUACCGCUCAUGGACGAAGGCACUUGCCAUCGCACCAAGUGCGACCUCUAAUUUGCUAAUGCAGUAAAGAAUCAAAAUUCAUACGGCAGAUGCAGGCCACCCGAAAGAUGCAGUUUGGAACAUAGCUCAAACAAGAAUUAAAAAAUUAAUCUUCUAAUAGUAACAAGUCAUUUUUUGUUUAUUAAAUUUAUGUUGUACUUCUUACUUUGCAGUCUUUUUAUACCAUUGGCAGUGCCGUCCCCAGCCAGACCCAGUUGUAUUCUUCACAACCCUGCUAUAAAUUGACAGCAUUUCAACUCAUUUUGGCAACCAAAUCGAUUGAGCUCUUCUUCUCAAAACAACCACAUUCAUAGAAGCAAAGCUAACUCACUAAUUUAUUGUUGCAAUGGCCUCUUCCCAUCUAUUCAUUAUCCUUGUCACUCUAGCAAUUGUUGCCCCUUCUAUUUUGGCUACAGAUUUUGUUGUUGGGGACGAUAAAGGUUGGACUAUCAAUUUCGAUUACCAAACUUGGGCACAAGGAAAACAGUUCUAUGUUGGCGACAAACUUGUUUUUAAGUAUCCAAAAGGAGUCCACAAUGUGUACAAAGUGAAUGGCACUGAAUUUCAACAAUGUGCAGCUCCAUUAGACAGUGUGCCAUUAACUAGUGGAAACGAUGUGGUCACCCUUGCAACCGCAGGAAGAAAAUGGUACAUUUGCGGUGUUGGUCAGCAUUGUAAAACGGGGAAUCAGAAGCUUCUUAUAACUGUGAUGCCAUCAUCUGCUCCUAGCCCAAGUCCCAGUUAUACUGCCUCAAGCCCAAGCACCUCAAUCCCCUACACCUCUGCAGCAAUAAGUGUUGAAACAAGAUAUGGGUGGAUGAUGGUUAUACUUGGCCUUCUCGUGAUGCUGACGGCUUGAAUAUUUCAGUAGAUUGUAUCCGUCGUCAUUAUUUUUCGUCAUUUGACUAAUUCUUUCCUUUUAAUUCUUGCCAUUAGUGAUUCUUUCAUGGUUUUAAUAAACAGUUCUGGUUUGCUAUGAAAUCAGUUUGAUAAUAUUCUACAAACAUUUAUAUGAAAUAAUAUUCAUGCACA